CACACAGCGAGGCAGAAGAAUUAACUAGAUAAAUUAGAUGAGGAAAGUUUGUCCCAAUAUCGAAAGAGAAGAUGGGCUGGAGACGAUCCUGGAGGUGCCCAUCCCGGAGGAGAUGUUCACCAGCAUGGGCAGCAACCUCGCGCUUCGAUGGCAGAACAUGGCCACCUGGAUGAAGGCCCAGACGCCGGAUAAGUGGUCGUCCCCCAUUAUCGCUGGCCGCUACAACGAACUCACUUUCCUUCUCUACGUCGUUGGCUCCCCUCUCAUUCCUCUCCAGGUCCAGGUCGACCAUGCCGUCCACCGCCCCGUCCGCCACUCUUCCAUCGAAGCUUCGACCGCGAAAUACAUCAUACAGCAGUACAUGGCAGCAACUGGAGGGCCACCGGCGCUGAACUCGCUGCAGAGCAUGUGCGCGAUUGGGGAGGUGAGGAUAAGCGCAUCUGAUUUUCACCAGGGAGAUGAAAGCGUGAACGUGAGGAGCACCGAGGAGGCCGGGGGAUUCGUGCUUUGGCAGAAGAAUCCAGACUUGUGGUGCUUGGAGCUGCUUGUCUCAGGCUGCAAGGUUAUCUCCGGAAGCAAUGGCAAGAUCUCUUGGCGCCAAUCUUCCAACCAGCAAACCCCCAUCUCCAAGGGCCCUCCCCGACCCCUGCGCCGCUUUCUACAGGGAUUGGAUCCAAGGUCUACGGCGAACCUGUUUCUGGACGCAGUGUGCAUAGGAGAGAAGAUCAUCAACGACGAAGACUGCUUCAUCCUGAAGCUUGACACGAGCAAAUCAGCCUUGGAAGCACAAAGCGGCCCCAAAUACGAGAUCAUCCACCACACGAUCUGGGGCUACUUCAGCCAAAGAUCCGGCCUCCUCGUGAAAUUCGAGGACUCGAGGCUCCUCACCGUGAUGAACAGCGAAGACGACAGCCAGGGCGUCUUCUGGGAAACCAGCACGGAAACGGUGAUCGAGGACUACAAAUACGUGGAAGGCGUCAACAUCGCGCACAGCGGCAAGACCUUUGUCACAGUGUACAGAUACGGCGAGCAAUCCGCCAAUCACCGGAGGCAGCUCGAAGAGACGUGGAAGAUUGAGGAGGUCGAUUUUAAUAUAUGGGGCUUGUCUACGGAUUUCUUCAUGCCGCCUUCGAGCUUCUCCGGCGAGAAAGAAAGCUGA